AUGCAGGAGGAAAACCGAAAGGGUCCAUGGACAGAACAUGAGGACAUACUUCUGGUAAAUUUUGUUCAAUUAUUUGGAGAUCGAAGAUGGGAUUUUAUAGCAAAAGUAUCAGGUUUGAACAGAACAGGAAAGAGUUGCAGGCUUAGGUGGGUUAAUUACCUUCAUCCCGGUCUCAAACGCGGCAAGAUGACUCCUCAAGAAGAGCGCCUCGUCCUUGAGCUUCACGCAAAGUGGGGAAACAGGUGGUCAAAAAUAGCCCGGAAAUUGCCGGGACGGACAGAUAACGAGAUAAAGAAUUAUUGGAGGACUCAUAUGAGGAAGAAGGCUCAAGAGAAGAAGCGUCCAGCGUCUCCGAGUUCCUCGUUUUCCAACUGCUGCUCUUCGUCUAUGACCACUACCAAUACUCAAGAUGUAUCGUUCCAGCCGCGGAAAUGUUCUUCAGGGAAGGUGAGCUUUUACGACACUGGAGGAUCCACCGGGGAGAUGAAUCAAGAAACAGAAGACAGAUACUCGAUGGAUGACAUAUGGAGAGAGAUUGAUCACUCUGAAGUUAACAUGAUGAAACCGGCUAAAGACAUAUACUCAGAACAAAGCUAUUGUUUAAGCUACCCAACUCUGGCUUCUCCAUCAUUGGAAAGCUCAUUGGAUUCUAUAUGGAACAUGGAUGCAGAUAGAAUUAAGGUGUCUUCCUUUGAAACUGAUCAGUUUCCUCUCUGUUUCAAACAGAGUAGAUCGCCAUGGUCGUCAUGUUAA